AUGUCGACGGGACCAACAGCAGCCCCGGGUGCCGCUAGUGCUGGGUUGUUGGAAGAAUGGAUGAAGGCAAUAGUGAAGAAUAAUGCAGGGGGAGUGGCCUCGUCGGAUCCGGAGGACAUUAUUAAAAGAAUGAAGGAUGAUUUACGGACAACUUGGGAGAAAUUGGGUAGUAGGUUGAAGGCGCAAGAGGCGCAAGAAAUAAGGAACCUCUGCUUCGAAGGCGUAAAGUGGGCGGGGAAGAAGUUAUCCUUCGGGCAACAAUAUAUGGGAGAUGUAUGUAUGGCCAUGGCCGAAGUUCGAUAUUUCACAAGUGGAUUGAAGAAAGGGAAUAAAAGAUCGAAGGUGGAAGUUGAAGCAGUGCAGGAUCACGAAUGGUAUCCGCGAUGUCUCGUUGGAGCAGUUGCUUUAUCCGAAAUCUAUGGAGAUCACUGUCAUUUGGGAGAAGUAGUGAAUGAAAUGUUAUCUAAGAUGGAGGGGAACUUACAGGCGCACGGGGGGGCUGGCACAAACUUGAAUAAAUGUGAGAACGUUAACCCCGUGCAUUUAAUGCUGGGUAAAUCCAUCCUCCGCAGUACAAUCAAAGAUUGGGCGCAAAAGCAAAGGGAAGCAAAGGGAAAUGGGGGAUAUAGGGUAGGGGGUGUGUGGGAUAACAGGUGGCCACAGGUCUGCAAUAAUAGUAAUAAGGUGUCCAAGAUGGACGAGCAGGAAAGGAAAAAGUGGUUAAAUGAGAAUAAAGCCAGUAUGGUACAAUUCAUGAAACUGGGCAACACGCAAGGUAGUGGUGGUAGUCAAGCAUCUGUCCUAGCAGAUGUAUUAGCGGAUCCCGACAGUAAUUACACGUUCAAGGAAGAAACGUUAGAACAAGUAUUUAAGGAAGCAAUAGAAAACGGCACUACUGCGGGGACUCCUUCUAUUGAUGUAGGCAAGGCAAUAGAGAAGUUAACGAAGGCAGCCAAGGAAACUGAGGCUGAAGCAUGCAUGAAAAAGGAAGAUGGAAAUUUUUGUGAGCGUCUGAAAUGUGCAAAGAAAUAUUGGGAAUUGACUAACACGCAACCUCAGAAUUUUUGGGACAACUAUGUCGAGGGGAAGCUGAAGAGUCUCAUCACUGAUACAACUACUAACCGUAGUACCAUCCCAGUUGCCAAUUGCGAGGACAAUUCUCUGAAUAGUGCAAAUAAAGCAGCAUGCACUCACAUGGCAGCACUGUUGAAUCACAUGUACACAACCACAAAUGGCACUAACGAACUGUCUGAUCAAAUUAUAAAAUGUGUUCUGUUAAAUGCUUAUGCUAAAAAAUUAAAAGACGAAGCAAAAAACAGAGGGCUUUGUGACAUAAACGAAGGGAUAAACACAGCUUUCACAAAUGCUGCGACUGGUAACAGUGGUAUUGCUAUUCCAUGUAAAUGGGAGGAUAGCGACUAUGAGAAAUGCUCAAUUACCACAAAUGGCACCCCAGGCAAUGUAAAGGACCAAGUGCAAACACUGUUCAACAACAACGAACCAACGCAGAACACCAAAAUACCAGAAACCUUGGCUAAGUUCAAUAAGAACAAUGAGUUAUGUGAAUGGGUAAAUUGUGCAGCAAAGCGGGCGCAAGAGAAAAAGAACAGCGGGAGUGGACCAGGGACUGGACAGGAAAAAUUCUGGACGACAAAUGUGAAGAACUUGUGGGAUGAAUUGGCAGGGAAAAUGAAGAACACAAAUGGCACUGGAAGUGGAUGUGAUUCAUUUGGAACUGAAGCUGAGAAGUGGGCAUGCAAGUACUUGCAUGCCGGCUUCAAACAACUGUACGAGCCGGAGGCGUCGUCGUCGUCGACGACAGACGACAUCCUAUCUACGAAACACCCAUCGUUUAGACAAACGAUGGGUUGUUUUUUACUUCACGCCUAUGCAAAAUAUAUGCAGAAGGAGUCGACUUGUAAUAUUGAAAAGGGGAUAAAACAGGCUUUCGAAACUGCUGGUAGUGGUAAGGGUGGUACUGCUUGCAAUGGUGCCAAUGGCAAGGAACCUUGUGUUCCUUGCCAAUGGCAAGAAAACAUCCUUACUACUUGCCAAAUUAACACAAAUGGAAGCACUGGCCCAGAUUCGAAUGUAGAUAACAAAUUGAAGGACAUCAUCAAGGAAGGCGACACCAACAUAAACGAUAUGCUAACUAACAUAAAUAAAAGGACUUCUAUAUGUGAGCAUAUGAAAUGUAUAGCAUCCCACUUAAAUUCCACAAACGGACAACAACAUAGCUCAAAACAAAGUGCGGACGACUUUUGGACGCAAGAUGUUACGAACUUGUGGAAUGAAUUAGCAGGGGGAAUGUUGAAGAACAAUGGAGCAGGGGAGACGGAAUGUAAGGACCUGCCAACUAAUUCUGAAAAGAUGGCAUGCAAGUAUUUGCAUGCCGGCUUUAACAAACUAAAGAGCAUUGCAGCAUCGAAUGAUACUUCAACUUACCGAACCCUGAAGAAAGACCCAUCGUUUGUCCGAACAAUGGGUUGUUUACUCUUUAGGGAAUAUGCAAAACAAAUGGAAAAAAAAUCGACUUGUGUUAUUAAUGCUGGUAUAAGGAAAGCUUUUGAUUCCUGGGGUCCAAUUACUAAUGGACAAUGCACGGACGGCAGUUCGUGCAUUGAAUGUAAAUGGGAUGAUGACAGCAUCGACAAUUGCAUCGUGCAGACUAGCACAAGCGACACGGACACUCCAGGAGACAAAGUGCAAAGCAUCUUCAAGAAAGACAAGGACAAAAACAUUAGUACAAUGCUAACUGCAAUAAAUAAAAUGGAGACUUUAUGUGAUGGUUUAAAAUGUUUAGCAUCUCACUUAAAUUCCUCUACCGGAAAACAGAAAGCGAACAACUUUUGGACGACAAGUGGCGAAGUGGGACAACUGUGGCAAGAAUUGAUAGGCGCCAUGAUGGAACCAACCGUAAACGGACAAUGUGAUCAAGUGGACAAUGGUAGUAGAACACCCACAGAACCUGAAAGAAAAGCAUGCCAACAUCUUACAACAUUUUUCAGCAAACUAAAGGGAAUUACAACUUCUGACGACAACAAGUACACCAUUCUGAGGAACCCAUCGUUGAAACGAACGAUGGGUUGCAUAUUACUUCAUGCUUAUGCAAAAAAAAUGAAAAGCGAAGCGAAAUGUGAAAUAGAAGCAGGAAUAAAAGAAGCUUUCGACACUGCUGGUAAAGGUCCUAAUGGUACUUGCAAUGGUUCCAGUGGUACGGAACCUUGUGUUCCGUGCCAAUGGGAUGAGAAAUUCCUUGACACUUGCCAAAUUACCAUAAGUAGCAUCACAGAGACUGCAGAUAAGAAAUUAGAACAAGUUAAGAACAAAAUUGACGGCACCACAACUGCCAUCGUGAACGACAUGAACGGAACGAAGACUUUAUGUGAUAAACUCCAAUGUGCCGCAGGGAAGUGGUUCGAAAAGCACAGUAAAGGUGGUAGUGGUUCUAAUAAGAAGAGUUGGUGUGAUUUUUGGGAUACGGCUGUUAAUGAACCACUGAAAAAGAUGUUCGCAGAAAUUCAGAAGAAUGGAGCAAACGAAGCAACGAACAAUAGUGAUGUAUGCAAUAACUUUGGUGAUAAUAAUCCUAAUAGUGUUGAAAGAAAAGCAUGUAAUCAUAUCACAGCCGGUUUAGAACACAUUAGAAGCAUUAAAGAUAGUAAUAGUACCAACCCACUGCUCGAUCGAGCAGUGGGUUGUAUUGCUCUUAACAUGUACGCUGAUGAAAUAAUUAAAUUAACGAAGGAAAAUUGUCCCAUUGAGGAGAAAACAAUAAAACAAAUGUUUGAAGAUUGGAAUAAAAAUAAAAAUUCUUCGUGUUCGUCUGGUGCUAAUAAUUGUUUUGAAUGCAAGAGGAAAGAUAAUUUUAAUAAUUGCCACCUGAGCGUCUCAGGCGCUCUGGUGGAAACACAACCAAAAAAUGGAAAUUGCAUUGAUAAUGACAACAGAAAAAAUGUCCAAAAGGAAAUGAACAAAUUCCUCGAAGACAACCAAUCCAAAUCCCAACCCCAACCCAUCCCUGAAGUGAAGACCACCUUAACUACUAUCACUGACAUUACGACCUCUUCUUUCUGUACUCAACUUCAAUGCGCAACAAAAAAAUACGCAAAAAGCAAAAAUGGAAAAAUAUCACCUUGGGACGACCUCUGGACGGAUACUGGCGAAGUCGCCACAUUAUGGAAAGAAUUGUCACAAGCAAUGACGAAGACAAAUGGGGACAAUUACAACGGAGGUCAAUGUGGUCAAAUGGAUGAUAAUGGCGAAAAAAGAACACCCACCGAACCUGAAAAAAGGGCAUGUAAUUUUUUGCAUGCCGGCUUAAAACAACUGUUCGAACCGACGACGGGGACGCCGUCGUCGUCAGGACAUAACAUCCUAUCCGAGCACCAAUCCUUGAGACACACAGUGGGUUGUUUCCUUCUUAAGGAAUAUGCAAAGAAAAUGGAAAAAGAAUCCAAGUGUGUUAUCAAUUCCGGUUUAAAGAAGGCUUUCGAGACUGCUGGUAAAGAUUUAAUUGGGGGACAAUGCAAAUGGGAUGACGAGGACUAUGGCAAAUGCCAAAUUAGCACAACUAACGCAGGUGGCAAGAGCACCCAAACGCCAGUAGAGAACAAAUUAACAUACGUUCAGUCCCAAAUUGACAGCACCUCCACUGAGACCCUAACUAAAAUAAACCACAUGUCCACUUUAUGCGAAUACAUUAGAUGCGCCGGACCCAAAUGGUUCAAAAACAAAAAAGAGACUAAUGGUAGCCCUACGCAUACUUGGUGUAACUUCUGGGAUGAAGGCGUCAAACCCGAACUGGAGAAGAUGUUCAACAAGAUCGCCACAGACGGACAGAAGAAAUCAAAGAACGACACUAAUGAUGUAUGCAAACAGUUUGGGGAUGAAAAUCCACAAAGUGUUGAAAGGAAAGCAUGUAAUCAUAUCGCGGAGGGACUAAAAUACAUUUCUGAAGUUCAAGGUGUCGCCAACGGUGGCACACAGAAUCCAAAUUCACAGAAUGAUGACAAGUUUUUUAAACAAACUAUGAUGUGCGCAGCACUUAACCUUUACGCCACUAAAAUAAGAGAUGAGUCGAAAGAGAAAUGUCCCAUCGAUGAGGACAGAAUAAAACAAAUGUUCACUACAUGGAAUGAUCAAAAUAAAUCUUCGACUUCGUGUCCGACCUCUGGUGGUGGUGUUAGUAAUAAUAAUUGUUUUAAGUGUGAAAGGAAUGAAAAAAUUUUGGAGAGUUGCGAACUGAGUGUUGACAGCUCUUUGGUUAAUACAACAACAUCACAAUCACAAUCACCAAAUGGAGAUUGCAAUGAUAACGAAGAAAAUAAAAAAGUCCAACCUCAAAUGACCAAUCUCCUCAACGAAGACAACUCCAACAUUAACACCAAAAUGAAUUCCACCUUAACUACUAUCACUGACAUGACCUCUUCUUUCUGUACUCAACUCCAAUGCGCAGCAAAAAAAUACUACGUAAAAGUCAUAAACAAAAAUGCAAAAAGCAGCGGAGUGAACUGGAAAAACAUCGAAGAUGACGCUAAGGAUGUAUUAACUGAACUUAUAGAACAUAUGACGAAGGGUCAGACUGAAUCGGAAAUUACCAAAUACUGUAACGACAGGAAAUGGGAUGAAUUUGGCCAUAAAGGAAAACACACAAAUAAAGCAGCUUGUUUACUUUUUGCUGCAGGACUGCAGCACAUUUAUACCCACGGUAAUGGCCAAAGGGUGGGCCCUUUUAAGGGCCCAUCGUUUGAACAAACGAUGGGUUGUUUAUUUCUUAAAGAAUAUGCAAAACAAUUAAAAAACUUGGCGAAUAGAGAAAAAAAGUAUAAAGUACAUCCUGAUUGUAGCGUAGAUAAGGGCAUAGAAUAUGCUUUUAGCAGAAGUAAAGACAUUAUGGAGAAAGCAAUACCUCAAUGCAAAAAGAAUGCUAGUAUUAAUGACUGUUUUGUGUGUACACAAAACAAUGAUUAUAAUAAUUGCAAAAUUGGCGAUGACAAUAUAGGAAGUAAAUCUAAAGAGUUGUUCACAGAACCGGAGAACAAAGAACAUAUGCAACAAACCUUAGAGAAUACAGUCUGUCCCAUCCUUCUUACGGAUAUCCUCACCCCUUUUCUUCCUUUGGCUCCUGUCUCCAUUGGCCUUUCUGCUAUGGCUUAUUACCUUUGGAAGUAUUUUGGUCCUCUUGGUAAAGGAGGACCACGUUUCAGAAGAUCUCCUGCUGAAAUUCCUGGUUCAUCAGUACAGGAACAAGUCCUCGAUCAUGUGCAGCAAGAUAGUUCACAUGAAUAUCGAUUGGUGAAGGAGCGAAAACCUCGUUCUGCUCCAACGAGAACGAAACGUUCCGAUCGCGCGAAUCGCCGCACCAUUAUUGAAAUUCAUUUUGAAGUGUUGGACGAAUGUCAGAAAGGGGACACACAAUUGAACCAGAAGGAUAUUCUGGAACUCUUGGUUCAGGAGUUCAUGGGAUCGGAAUUUAUGGAAGAAGAACAGGUUCCUAAGGAAGAAGUUCUUAUGGAAGGUGUUCCUUUGGAACGAGUUCCAAUGGAACGUGUUCCAAGUUUAGGUUCUGUGUUUAUGGUUUAG